AUGCGAUCGGCACUGGAGGAACCAGCCCGAGGCCGGGUAAAUUUGCCGACCCCUGAUCUAAGCCCUGGAGAUGUGAGGGCCUGGGCCACGCCCCCUAGGCCAGCUGGUCAAGGCCUUGUAAGGAAGCAGGCCCUGCAGUCCUCACUGCAGCUGAUGGUCCUUAGUAGUAAGGUCAAGAAGUCUGUCGUUUCAACAGGAGUAAAGGCAGCCUCACUACCAUGUUCUUCUGUCCAGAAUCCUGACUCUUUGACCAAGAAGGCUGGACCUGGGCAUCUCUCUAUUUAUGCUUUGCCCUUAGGACCAAGAGAAGAAAUCCUUACAUCCUUAGUAAAAUUUGUGGUGGGGGAUAAAAAGUUUAAAUCUCCCUUUGUCAUGACUUGUGUGGGGAGCAUCUGCAAAGCUACACUGAGACUUGAAAAUGCCACCACUUCCAGUACAAAUAAGAUCAUUCACCUAAAGGAGAGGUUUGAAAUUGUCUACUGGAUUGGAACUCUGAAUGAAGCUCCUCAUCUGCACAUCUGCUUGUCAGACAAAGAUGGCAAGACUGUUGGGGGGCCUGUUGUCAAUGACCUGGAGGUUUUCACCACAGCCAAGAUAGUGGUUGGAUAAUGUGAUGACCUGAACUUCACCCGGGAGAUGGAUGGCAGCACAUGCUUCCCAGAACUUGUUAUUAGUUCUUGCUUAGCAGUUCCUGUCCUGUAAAUUAUGUGCCCCCUUUGCACCAAAAAGUGGAUUAAAUAAAUGGGGCUGGAGCAUGCCUUUCUUGCUCUAAAGCUUGAGCUUAUUGAUCUGGGCAUAUUUUCACUUGGAGAA